AUGGACGCAACUGAUCUAGAGAAUCCAACAUCCAGAAACUCAUCUCAGAAAUCCAGCCGCCGUUCCAGUAGCCGGCGUUCUCAAAAGUCAGCUGGGCAACAAUCUUCCCCCACUGUAUUUCCAGAGAAAAGAGGCAAAUCUAGAUCUUUGAGGCAAAAGCAUGUGGCUGUUGACAAUAAAGAUGCCAAAAAGGGUAAAAACCAUGAGCGUAGAACUGAUACGGUGGAUGAGAGGUCCAAUUUUGUAGGUUUCGAAGUCUAUUCUGGCAAACUGUUUUAUGACAGGAAAAAUAAAAGUAUAGGGGCGGAUGGUCAUCUGUCAUCAAACAAGAAAGCUGAUACAACUGAUGCAAGACUCACAAGUAAAGCCCUUAUAUGGGGUUCUACUGUACUCAGCCUUGAGGAUGUCAUCUCUGUAUCUUAUAAUUCUGGCCUCCAACAUUUUACUUUACAUGCAUAUCCUGCUAAGAACUCUCUAUUUGGAAAGGCACAUAGAGCUCGGAAGGACUUCCGGUUUAUGGCCUCUACACUAGACGAGGCCAUUUUGUGGGUAACAUGCUUUGCAGAACAGAACAUAUACAUUAAUGUACUGCCUCAUCCUGCAACAUCCAGUAUUAAGCAAGACACAGAUGCCCCCCUUGGUGGGGUUCUAUUUGAUUACCCGCCAAUCAAAUGCAGAACUCCGCAGAGAAUACUUGUUAUAUUGAACCCUCGUUCUGGACAUGGUCGAUCAAUUAAAGUUUUCCAUGAAAAAGCAGAACCUAUAUUUAAGCUUGCAGGUUUUCACAUGGAAGUAGUUAAAACUACUCACGCUGGUCAUGCGAAGUCUCUCGCGUCUACUUUUGAUUUUGGCGCAUUCCCUGAUGGGAUUGUCUGUGUUGGCGGUGAUGGAAUAGUAAAUGAGGUGUUCAACGGUCUUCUCACCAGAAGCGAUAGAACAGAAGCUGUGUCAAUUCCAGUUGGAAUAAUCCCAGCAGGAUCGGACAACUCACUUAUUUGGACUGUUCUGGGAGUUAAGGAUCCUAUUUCUGCUUCAUUGUUGAUUGUUAAGGGUGGCUUUACAACCCUAGACAUAUUGGCUGUUGAGUGGCUCCAAUCCGGGCUAAUACAUUUCGGCACAACUGUUUCAUACUAUGGUUUUGUUAGUGAUGAAGUGCAGCAUGGCAUAGCACUGAAAAAGUUUACUGAGCUGAAAAACUAUUUCAACUUUGCUGCAGUCCUGGAACUUUCCGAGAAAUACCAGAAGAGAUUUGGCCCUCUUCGAUAUUUUGUGGCUGGAGUACUCAAAUUUUUGUGUCUACCAAGUUACUUCUAUGAGUUAGAAUAUCUUCCUUUGUCCAAGGACAUGUCCGGGCAUGGAAAAGGUACAGGACAAGACAAAGUUGAAUUGUCUGAUGUCUAUACAGAUGUAAUGCGCAGUCGAUCAAAAAGAGAAGGAUUUCCACGAGCUUCCAGUUUUUCAAGUAUUGACUCUAUCAUGACUCCAAGUAGGAUGUCUCUUGGGGACUUUGACACAUCAGGUGGUACAGCGGCAAGCAGUGAACCGUCAGAGUAUGUUCGUGGUCUUGAUCCAAAAGCAAAACGGCAAUCUAUGGGCAGAAGCAACAUUGUUUCGGAACCAGAAGAAGUCCUACGCCCUCAACAGCAUCAUGCAUCAUACUGGCCAAGAACGAGGUCCAAAACAAGGACCGAUAGAAAUUCAGUUGGUGUCACAGCUUCUAAUGAUACACGGUUAUCUUGGGCAGCCCCUUCAAUGCAUGAUAAGGAGGACAUUUCCUCGACAAUAUCAGAUCCAGGACCUAUUUGGGACAAUGAACCAAAGUGGGACACUGGGCCAAGAUGGGACACAGAGCCAACUUGGGAGCCUGACCACCCUAUCGAACUUCCUGAACCACCAGAAGAUAUAGAAAUCGGAACAUCUAUGGAACUUGUGCCGAAUUUGGAUGAGAAAUGGGUUGUCAGGAAGGGGCACUUUCUUGGUGUCCUAGUAUGUAACCACUCAUGCAAAACAGUUCAAAGUUCCCAGAUUGUCGCGCCAAAUGCGAGCCAUGAUGACAACAGUCUGGACUUACUUUUAGUUGGCGGAAGGGGGAGAUGGAAGCUGUUGAGAUUUUUCAUACUACUGCAAUUUGGUCGCCACCUUUCUUUACCAUAUGUGGAAUAUGUGAAGGUGAAAUCAGUCAAGGUUAAACCUGGUGCAAACACCCACAAUGGCUGUGGGAUAGACGGGGAGCUCUGCCGCGUCAAGGGGCAGUUGAUUUUGAGUUGUCUAUAUUAUCGUUUACUUGCCAAUGAGGGUGCGGGUGACUGGUCGAGGCCUGACAGCAAACUCGUGUGCGGAUAUGGUUCUCUAAUACGCAACGGCUCCCUGAUUGGAGAAGGUGCGCCGUGGUCGGGGGUCAAACUUAAAAAGAUUCAAUAA